AUGAAAAAAAAUAUAUUGUUAUAUGGAUUAGCAUUUGCUGGAGGCUUUACUUUUGAAAGAUAUUAUCCGUAUAUCAAAGCUUUCAUAAAUAAUAAAAGUCAAAAAAACGAUGAUCACAGUUUUAAAUCAAUGUUAGAAGAAGGAAACUAUAUAUAACCAAAAGUAAUUGAAUUAAUGCAUUCUUCUCCUGAUAAACACUUUUUACACAAUUUCAUAGCUUAACACAAUGAAGCUUUGAAUGUGUUUAAAAUAUACUAUCCAGAUAAAUUAGAAUAAAAAAUAUAUAGUGACAAUCUAGAAUCUGAAGAUAAAAUUCAUUUGCAUUUCGUAUUUAAUGCAGCUGAUCAUUUAUAAGGGCAUAGUUCAAUUGUUCAUGGAGGGUUGUUAGCAACAUUAAUAGAUAAUGCUUUUGGUUAAUUAAGCUACUUGGCAAGUGGAUAAAUUCCUACAGCAACAGCAAAUUUAAAUAUAAAUUAUAGAAAACCUGUGAAAACUAAUCAUGAUUAUAUGAUAACAGCAGAAAUUGAAAAAAUUGAAGGUAGAAAAGUAUUUCUUAAGGCAAAAAUAUAUGAUCAAAAUAAGACUAUAUGUACAGAGGCUACAGGUCUGUUUUUGACAGUUUAAUGGGGAGGACAAAUGUGGAAAAAUGCUUUAGAUAAAAUAAAGGCAGCAACAAAUUUAGAUUAAAAACUAAUUAAAAUAGAUUAAGAAUAAAAAAAAUGA